CGCGCUAGUUUCCAGGGUCAGAGCUCUCCAACAGGCAAGCUGUGGCUAAUCCGCGACUCUUUGAGAUCCUCUCGUGUGGCGCCUUUUGUCCUUCGCUGGGCCGAUUUGGCCAAUGGUUGACUGGUGCGUGUGGGAGAUAUAAUCUCUGGGGAUUCUCGUCUUUGAUUGUUCUCUCGUCGCCUUCGAUUGGGGUGGAAGCCAAAGUAGCAAGCAUCCAAGAUGGCUGUUUUCGAUUGCGUGCUGCUCGUGUCGAUUGCUUUCCUCGCUUUGGCGCGAUCCGUCCAUGGCGGUGUUUCCUUCGCGAGCUUGCCGAGGAGCUUGGUCGUGACGGUGGCGAUGAACGAGCAAGGGCGCUUCUUAAACUCCGUGGAAUCCGGAAAGGACCGACUCCUGAUCAACUGGUCCGUGAAUUCCUCCGUCCCAGCUCCCACAAACUUCAAGAACAUCAAGCUCAAGCUCUGCUACGCGCCGCCUAGCCAGGAAAACCGCGGCUGGAGGAAGAGCACCGAUGAUCUCAAGAAGGACAAGACGUGCCAAUUCGACAUCGCGACGCAGUCCUACGCGGGCGCCGCUGGAAACUCCACCGAGUGGCUCAUCUCCAAGGACAUCCCGGGAGCGCUCUACUUCGUGCGAGCUUACGCGAUCAACUCGACCGGGAGCCAAGUCGCGUACGGGCAGAGCACGAACGCGGCCAAGACGGAGAACAUCUUCACCGUGAUCCCAAUCACCGGCCGCCCCAAAUCGCUCUACAUUGCCACCGCUUGCUUCUCCCUCUUCUCCGUGGGAUCGCUCGCGAUCUUCUUCACGAUCGAGAGGAAGCUCGCCGCUGCCAAGAAGGGGAAAUAGAUCGAUUUGUCUGGAUCUUUGUAAUGAAUUUGCGAGAGCUAAUCUCUUGGAAAAAAAAAUGCGACUUUCUUUCUCUUUC